CCUAAUUUCUCGCUCACUUCAACAAUGGAGGUUCCUACAGAGCCAAAGACGACGCAGAUCGAUGAAAUCUCUCACAAUCUCUCGUUUUCCACUUCUAACGCCGGCGAUUCUAGCUGGGACAAAAUCUCCUUCUUCCGUCACCGUUCACGGCAAAUCAAACGAGACACUUGGCUUGUCUCCGUCUUCGUUCUUCUUCAGAUCGUCCUCUUCGCUGUAACUAUGGGCGUCAACGAUUGCUCCAGAAACUCUCACGGUCACUGCGCCGCUAAACUCCUUGGCCGAUUCUCUUUCCAGCCUCUCUCCGAGAAUCCUAUGCUCGGUCCCUCCGCCUCAACGUUAGAGCAUAUGGGAGGUCUUUCUUGGAAUACUCUGACGGAGAAUCAUGAGAUUUGGCGUAUUUUGACAUCUCCGUGGCUGCACAGUGGAUUGUUUCAUCUAUUCAUAAAUCUUGGGAGUUUGAUUUUCGUAGGGAUAUACAUGGAGCAACAAUUUGGACCAUUGAGGAUUGCAGUCAUAUACCUACUCUCUGGCAUUAUGGGUAGUCUGUCUGCUGUGUUGUUUGUUCGAAACAUCUCAUCAAUCUCUUCUGGUGCUGCUUUCUUUGGGUUGAUUGGAGCCAUGCUUUCUGCACUCGCAAAGAACUGGAAUCUAUAUACCGGCAAGAUUUCAGCCUUGGUGAUAAUAUUCACUAUCUUCACUGUGAAUAUCCUGAUAGGCUUUCUCCCUUUCAUAGACAAUUUUGCAAAUAUUGGUGGUUUCAUAUCAGGAUUCCUCCUUGGAUUUGUGCUAUUGUUCAAACCACAACUGAGACAGAUGCCUCCAUCUCAUAAGGGAAAAUUGUUUGAAGAUGAUAUGAACAGAUCCACAAGGCUUAAAGAUCAGUUUGAUAGACCGGUGUUAAGGAUUAUAUGCCUGGUCGUGUUUUGUGGAAUGCUUGCUGGGGUUCUAUUAGCAGCGUGCUGGGGCGUCAAUCUUAACCGUCAUUGCCAUUGGUGUCGCUAUGUUGACUGUGUUCCAACCAAAAGAUGGAGCUGCAGUGACAUGACUACUUCCUGCGAGGCAAUGGUGAGUGAUGCUCAGCUAACACUAACGUGCAUGGCCAAUGGAAAGUUCCGGAUAUUUCCUUACACCAAUAUCUCACAAGCCAGGACACAAGACCUCUGCACACUCGUCUGCACUUAAACAUGACCAAGGCUUCAACUCCUUUAUACGUCUAAUAUACUCACUCCCACAAUUGGAUAAUUGCAUAUACCAAACACUCUCACCUAAAAUCACAAAUCUCUGAAGAUUCUUUGAUCAAUUCUGAUAACUUUUGUAGCCUAGCCUUGGAUAAGGGGUAGUAGGACUUGUAAUGAGACGAUUGUCUUGGUUCUUGAUUCUGUGAAUCUGAAUACUAAAGUCUACAAAGUUUG